GUUUAAAACCAGGACCAGAAAGCAAGAGGUACUCUCAGACUCACUUCGGACUAAAACACUGAAGAUUAAACAACAUUUUGAGCACUGUGCCUGAAGAUUGUGCAAAAUGUGUAAAGGAUUAGCUGCCCUGCCCCAAACCUGCCUUGUAAGGGCUAAAGAGAUCAAGUCAAAAUUGGGAGUUUUGCUGCAAAAGCCAGAAAAUGCAAUCGACCUCAUCAUUCCCUAUCCGGAGAAAACUGAGAAGAAGCCGGAGAAGCUGCAGAAACCUCCGUGUGACGAAGCUGCUCAGUGGCGUGAGAGUCUGGACCGAGUACUGAACAACAGCUAUGGUCUUGCUACCUUCCGUAGCUUCCUGCAGUCUGAAUUCAGUGAUGAGAAUAUUGAGUUUUGGAUGGCUUGUGAGGAUUUCAAGAAGACCAAGAAUCCAGUGAAGAUGGCUGCCAAGGCAAAAAUGAUCUAUGAAGACUACAUUCAGUCCGAGGGACCCAAAGAGGUCAACAUUGACCAUUUCACCAAAGAUGUGACUCUCAGGAAUUUGGUGGAUCUUUCGCCUGAAACUUUUGACCUGGCCCAAAAGAGGAUCCACGCCCUGAUGGAAAAAGACUCCUUCGGUCGCUUCUUGAGGUCUGAGCAGUACCAGGAGCUCUUGGUCAACUAAACCUGAGCAGGAGACUUAAGCAGCUGGGUGGAGAGGUGGUAAAUCGAUUUCAGUUUAGUUUUUUUGGUCAAAUAUGAUCAAUUAAAAAUAGAAAUCAAGAUUAGAAAUUUGUGUUAAAGCUCAAGAUUAUAUAUGAUACAAAGUGCACCAAUGAGUUAAACGAGUGAGCUGCUCAGAUGAAAUUGGACUCUCAAAUUCCCGCCUAAAUUAUAUUCCUUGUGCUACAGAACUCAUACACUUAAUCAAAUAAUCAAUAUUUCGACAAAACCGAUGCCAAUCAACUCACAUGAAGAAGAGCAAGUCAGUUUCAAAUCCUCUUCUUGUCUGGCACAUCCAAGCUGACCAAUUAUGCUGUGCUAUUCAGACUUAAUUCUAUUUAAGGAGGCAGAGCUCUUAUGCACCGUACCAAACUACGGUACGGUCUGGUGCCACUGAGGCAAAACUAAAUUUUUUAAUUCCUUCAAAACCAAAAAUAAAUAAAGAAUUAUAUAUAAUAUAGUAUGAAAUAACUUCACUUGCUUCAGAAAAAUACAAACAUACCUUCUAUGGUAGUGUCUUAGUGACUAGAAAUCAUGCUAAUCAUCAAGUAUACAUAAAUAACUUUUAUAUAUAUAUAUAUAUAUAUAUAUAUAUAUAUAUUUAUAUGGCGGCACGGUGGCCGACUGGUUAGCCUCACAGUUCUGAGGACCCGGGUUCAAUCCCCGGCCCCGCCUGUGUGGAGUUUGCAUGUUCUCCCCGUGCCUGCUUGGGUUUUCUCCGGGCACUCUGGUUUCCUCCCACAUCCCAAAAACAUGCAUUAAUUGGACACUCUAAAAUUGCCCGUAGGUGUGACUGUGAGUGCGAAUGGCUGUUUGUUUGUAUGUGCCCUGCGAUUGGCUGGCAACCAGUCCAGAGUGUACCCCGCUUCUUGCCCGAUGACAGCUGGGAUAGCCUCCAGCACCCCCGCAACCCUAGUGAGGAGAAGCGGCUCAGAAAAUGGAUGGAUGGAUAUAUAUAUAUUAUUAAAUAGAAAUUUGUAAAAUUAGCGAAGGCCUUUCUUUCUUCCAGUAUGACUGUGCCUCAAUGCACAAAGCAAGGUCCAUAAUGGCAUGGUUGGACGAGUUUGUCAUGAAUGAACCUGACAGCCAUGACCUAAACCACAUCAAAUACCUUUGGGAUCAACUAGAAUGCAGAAUGUGGGGCAGACCCUCUCAUCUAACAUCACUGACCGCUCACAAAUGCUCUCCUGGGAGCAAAGGGAAGAGAUUUUUUUGGAAUAGCCUCGUGUCCCAAUACUUUGGUCCAUAUUGUUAUAUCGUAACGGUUUUCCCAAAUGUGUUAACCCAUGUAAAAAUGCUCAUUUGCUUGUUUUGAACAAUGACACGAUAUCAGGUACCGCAAAUUAUUCACGUUAAUAAAAUCAAAUGUGUACCAGCCUUCCUGCAAAUGAAAAUGUAUGAUGUUCACAAAACUCUCAUUUCUCAUUCCUCACAAAUAGAAGUUUAGGUAGUGUAUCCACCAACCUCCUAUUUUGGCUCCAGUGAGAGCCAUCAUUGAGAACACUGCUGGCUAGUUGGCUCAGUGGUCAAGCUCAUCAGCUGCCACUAAAGUGCACGUUGCUUGGAUGGGAAAUCAAGUGGGAGGGAGUCUCAGAAUAAGGGAACUGCGUGACGAUAUGGUUUUAUAAAGUAUACACAAAGAUAUUAGCAACCUGCAGUGGUGUUUUUCCCAUGUGCUUUUACUUACAUUGUUGAAAACUGAAUCAGCUAUAAGCCAUGACUUAACAUACCAGCAAACAUUAAAAAAGAAGGGAAGGAAUUUCUGCUUUGCUGCAGAUCCCACCAAUGAAAGUCGAUCCCUUUCUUAUAUGGAUAACAUUGAUCAUAACAAAAUCCAAAAUGAAUCUGAAUGAUGAUAAAUAUAUACAGUCUCCUCCUAACUCAUUAAAACAUUAUUUAUUCCUUAGAAAUUCAUUUAUUGAUGCUUUUUUUUUUACAUUACGUGAACAUUGUUGGAAACAGUAGUGGGUUUAAAGUUUGUGUUCAAUUUGAGUUCACAAAGUGUGAUGAUAUACUCAUAUGUAAUCUGUUGUUGUUGUUGUUGUUUUUAUCUUACAAAAGCAUUUGUAUCCUCAUCAACCCAAUAUUAUCUUCUACAUAUUCACCAUUUGUUAAGUAAUUUUUGGUUCGGGAAUUGCCCAGUGUUAGGCUGCACUAUGGGACAGAUUUGCCAGUCUGUUGCCAUAAAGAAAACAAAUAGGACUUGGGGAGUGCUGAAUAUGUCACAAAAUCUUGCAUGUAUGUCUUGGAGUUGACCACAUAAAUAUAUAUCUGCAUACUACAUACUACUUCUGAAGAUGUAUUUAUUUUACAUGUAAAUAUAUAUUUGCAUAACACUGUGUCUAACUUAUUCAUAAAUACAAAUGUUGAUUCAA